AUGUCAAUGAUGUUGAUGGAUGAUUUGUUUAAUGAAACUCAUUUUUCGCGAUUUUCGUCUGGUGGAAGAACAAAUAUUUAUGGACUAGCAGUGGUAGAAACUCCUUUGUCUGGUAAAAUACCAGCAAGUCCAGAUUUCCCAUCAAGUCUUCUAUCGUCGAUGCCUAACGAUAAUAUCUACGAUAUCGAUAAUCAUCAUCAGCAUCUACCUACAUCUUCUAACGAUAAUAAAUACAAGCAUGUAUUCGCCAGUUCUUUCUACGGGGUCACGUGUUUGGUUUCCGCGGCCGGAUAUUGGAAUACCAUCGAGUUGCAAUUAGAUAAGGACAUUGGUGAAAUUGUUUCGAUGGAUUCUUUUUAUAGUGAUAAAACAGGACUUGUGUUGGCUUUUACCACUGUUCAUGUGCUAAAUAAUCUCAAAAAUACAACAGAAGUCGAAGGGCAACAUCAGUUUAUGCUUCGAAUCUAUUCCAUCAAUGAUCUAGGAUCGAUAUCGUGUAUGGAAGACGCGUUAUUUAAAAUAACUGAAAAAUGCCAAAAGAUUCCAUUAACAUUUACACCGAUGCAAUUAACCCACACGUUAAUACGUAAGACUUGCAACAAUAAUAAUGAUAGCAUGUCGGAACUCUGUUUGCUUUUGUGUGGUACAGAUAGUGGAGUUCAUUUGUAUACAUUUGUGAGGGGCUUUGAAAAACAAGCGUGGGGAGAAGAAGCUGUUCAGCCUUAUUUCCCAUUUCUUUCAGAGAUGGCUAGUUUGAAAUCAAACACCAUUUUGUCACUAGAAAUAUUUGAUAUCGGUACAAAGAAAAUAAUUGCAGCUGGAUGUCAGAAUGGAAUUUUACAUUUAGCAAUCUUACAACAAGGCUCAAAUAACAACAAAGAAGGAAAUUAUAUACAACUUGAAAAACCACAAUUCGCCCCAUUAUUCAGUCCAAUCACCUCAAUCUCAAUAUUCACCACAUCGACAAGCGAACAAAACCCUGGCGACGUUCACAUGCUAGUCACAUGUGCCGUAGAACAAGUGUUGAUCUAUCGAUUUGUUGAUAGAAGAGGCGUAAAGUGCCCGAUACAAUUGCGAGAAUGCACGCAACAUGAUAGUGUGCUUUGUUCGCAUGUGAUGGAUGUCGAUUGGGAUGGGAGAAAUGAAGUUUUGGUGGGUACUUAUGGACGAGAAUUGUUGAUUUAUAAACAACAAGAGAGUUCAGGUGAAGGCGAUGAUGAUCUCACUUUUCAAUUAAUAUGGCGAAGGUCGUUUGCUCAUCCCAUUUAUCGAAUUGAUCAUUUGGAUUUGAAUCAAGAUGGACUUGACGAGCUUGUUGUGACUUCUCAAUACGGAAUACACAUAUUUCAGCCAAAUUUGCAUAAAGCCAAAGAAUUACUGAGUCAGAUGUUUGAAGAAUUGGAUCACUUGCGAGUCAAUUAUGUAAACGCGAUAUUGUAG